GCCCGGGGCUCAUACGGAGGCCGCGGAACGACGGCGGCGGGGCCCGCGUUGCCGCAGGGGCGCUGUUGGGACGGACCGGUCGGGUGCAGCGCAGCCAUGGCCGCCGGGCCCCGUGUGCUCAACGUGAACGUGGGGGUCCUGGGCCACAUCGACAGCGGGAAGACGGCGCUGGCGCGGGCGCUGAGCACCACCAGCUCCACCGCCGCCUUCGACCGGGCGCCGCAGAGCCGGGCGCGGGGCAUCACGCUGGACCUGGGCUUCUCCUGCCUGCGCACCGCUCUGCCGCCGCAGCUGGGCCCGGGCCCCGGCGAGCUGCAGUUCACGCUGGUCGAUUGUCCCGGGCACGCCUCCCUCAUCCGCACCAUCAUCGGCGGUGCGCAGAUUAUUGAUCUGAUGAUGCUGGUGAUCGAUGUGACAAAAGGGAUGCAGACGCAGUCAGCAGAGUGCUUGGUCAUUGGGCAGAUUGCGUGCCAGAAGAUGGUGGUAGUUCUGAACAAAAUAGAUCUCCUUCCAGAGGGGAAGAGACAAAGUGCCAUUGAGAAGAUGACAAAGAAAAUGCAGAAGACCUUGGAAAAUACCAAGUUCUGCGGAUGCCCUAUUGUUGCUGUUGCAGCAAAGCCCGGUGGACCAGAAGCUCCAGAGUCUGAGAAUCCUCUAGGUGUUUCUGAAUUAAUCGAGGUCCUGAAGUCUCAGGCUUACCUGCCAUCACGAGACCCCUCGGGACACUUCCUUAUGGCAGUUGACCACUGCUUCUCUAUCAAGGGUCAAGGCACAGUGAUGACAGGGACUAUUCUUUCUGGCUCUGUUAGCCUUGGUGACAAUGUGGAGAUUCCUGCCCUGAAGGUGACAAAGAAAGUCAAGUCCAUGCAGAUGUUCCAUACUCCUGUGACUUACGCCAUGCAGGGUGACAGAGUGGGCAUCUGCGUAACCCAGUUUGAUCCCAGGCUGCUAGAACGAGGCCUGAUCUGCACCCCAGAGUCACUUCACACCAUCCACGCUGCAAUCAUUUCCCUGAAGAAAAUCCAGUAUUUUCGAGGCGCUCUGCAGACCAAGGCCAAGUUCCAUAUCACAGUUGGCCAUGAAACCGUUAUGGGACGAGUGAUGUUUUUCAGUCCAGCCCCUGCUGACUUCAAUAAAGAAGUUCAAGAAGAUGCUUUUGAUUUUGAAAAAGAUUAUCUUUAUCAAGAGGUGUAUUUGUCCAAGGACUCAAAUUCUUCUGAGAACAAAGAGAAUGACCAGGCAGGAGAAGUCCAGCUCCCAAGACAACAGUGGGCUUUGCUAGAGUUUGAAAAACCAGUCACUUGUCCUAAACUGUGCCUUGUGAUCGGCUCCAAGCUGGAUACAGAUAUCCAUGCAAAUACCUGCAGGCUGGCCUUCCAUGGGGUGCUGCUCCAAGGCAUGGAAGACAAGAACUACACGGAGACUUUCCUGCCAAAGCUGAAAGUGUACAAGCUGAAGCACAAAGAAGGACAAGUGGAAAGGGUGAUGGAUGAUUACAGUGUGAUUGGCCGCUCCUUGUUUAAAAAGGAAACAAACAUCCAGAUUUUCGUGGGUCUGAAAGUGAAGCUGUCCACUGGAGAGGAUGGGAUAAUAGACGGUGGCUUUGGACAAAGCGGCAAGUUUAAGAUCCGAAUCCCAGAUGGGCUGAAGCCAGAAACCAAGGCUCUUCUUACCACUGCCUCCAAGAAGAAAUCUAAGGCAGGGAAGGGGGAUGCAACCAAAGAGGACGAAAGCAGCAAGAAUGACUCGGUCCAGCCCAUUACCAUCUCUCUUCUGUUUAAAAGAUACGUCUUUGACACGCAGAAGAAGAUGAUUCAGUCCUGAGAACGUAAGAGCAGCCUCUGAUCACAUGUGAAAGAUCGGACUCUGCAGGGAAUCUCAGGUGGAAUGGUUGUCUUGUUGCUUCUUCGCAGGCAGGUCUGACUGUGUGCCCCCUCCGAAACCCCUGCGGUCUGCUUCUGUUCUGUUAGAACCUGCUCGUUCUGUCACCUCUGCCAUGUGGAUCUGUAACAGGCUUUCGGAGCGCUCCCUGCCAGCCGAGCACAUCCAGGGCUCUGUUCUGAUAGCGGUGUUUGUCUGGAGAACUGAUUGGAAGCUUCUCUUGAUUUAAAAGGUUGCCACCGAUAUUAAUCUAAACCUACUGGAGAUGUGAAUUUCAUGGGACCUGCAAAGCAAAGCAGAUGGUUUAGCUUUCCUUCCCCGAGCAAAGCGGGACACAGAAAGCACACAAUAGAGUAGGUGAAAUGCAAAGUGGAUGUUUCACGUUCCUUCAGCUGCAGCUGUGUAAGAUGCUAUCUGAGAGAUGGUAUGGAUGUGUUUAAUAAAUGAUUUAUGUCUCAAUGUUUUCCAUAUUAAACAACACGAUGUAUGUAA